UGGCCUUUGCCCCGGUCGGGCGGGACUUCCUCUCUCUUGUUUGCAAGGACUCCAAAGUCAAGCCCAGGACUGAAGUCGCGCGUGUCAACCUCUCCGGCCGAGGGUUAGCCUUGUCCAAAUGCACGGGUUCUCACCUUGUACAGUUACGCUGUCCCACGGCAAGUCCGAGAGGACUUGAAGUCCUGAGCGCCCAAGUGUGUCUGUCUGUAGGUCGAGAGAACGCCAUGGAGGUGCCGCCACCGUGUCUGUCUGUAGGUCGAGAGAAGGCCAAGGAGGUGCCGCCACCGGCAUCGCGGAGCUUCCUCUGUAGAGCACUGGGUCCUUUCCCCCGAGUCUUUGCUGCCGAACCUGUGACUGCCGAUUCAGAGGCCCUUGCGGAGCGUCAGUGGCCGCCUACCGUCGUCCCAGAGCCCUGUUACCCGGAAUCCGGAUGGGACCGCCUCCGGGAGCUGUUUCUCAAAGAUGAACAGCAGAAACUUUCAAAAGAACUUACUGAUAUCUGUAAGGCGGCAUUGACAGCAGGCAUCAUUGGCAUGGUGUAUGGAGGAGUACCAGGUUUUGUUAAUGCUAAACAACGAUACAUUGAGCAAAGCCAGGCAGAAAUUUAUCAUAGCCGGCUUGAUGCUGUGCAAUGUGCACAUCGUGCUGCCACACGAGGCUUCAUUCGGUAUGGCUGGCGCUGGAGUUGGAGAACUGCAGUGUUUGUGACUACAUUCAACACAGUGAACGCUGGUCUGAAUGUAUACCGAAAUAAAAAUGCCGUAAGCCAUUUUGUAAUUGCAGGAGCUGUCACAGGAAGUCUUUUUAGAAUAAACUUAGGCCUGCGUGGCCUGGUGGCUGGUGGUAUACUUGGAGCCUUGCUGGGCACUCCUAUAGGAAGCCUGAUGAUGAUAAUUCAGAAGUACUCUGGUGAGACUGUUCAGGAGAGAAAACAGAAGGACCGAAAGGCACUCCAUGAUCAAAAACUGGAAGAGUGGAAAGCCAGAUUACAAAUUACUGCACGUCUCCCUGAGCAAAUUGAAAGUAGCAUACAGAAAAAUCAACCUGAGGAUGAUGCUAAGAGAAUUGAAGCACUGCUAAACCUUCCUAGAAACCCUUCAAUAAUAGAUGAACAAGACAAGGACUGAAAGUACUCUGAACUUAAAACUCAGUGGAGAGUUGACGGGAGCUAUGCUGCCAUGUCUGUUGAUUUUACAGUUCGUAUAUUUAUUCAUGUAGUCUUUUAAAAGGGUAUUCUGGAAGGAGGAGAGG